GGUCUCGUGAGGUUUGUGUUGUUGGUUUGUCGGUGGAGGGGGGAAGGAAGGUUAGAUAAAAGAGGGUUUCGUUGCGUCAGUUUUUGGGAGGCGGCUGUUCAAAGAGACAGAGGGGGGGCCCUGAAUGUCUUUGUGGCUGGUGCGUGGGCUGGUCGGCAAAUGACAGGUAUGGAAGUCGAUGGACUGGCAUAG